AUGGCGACUCCAACCUACGCACAGUCUCUCUGUAACCUGACGAAGCGCAUCAGACUGUCCCCUAGCACAUCUUCAGUGUGCCAGGUCCGUGGCAUACGACAGCGGCCCGCCAUUAGCAGGUUCACCCCAAGUACUCAAAGUCGGCAAGAGAGCACGGAUGCGGUGUCAGCGGAUCCAAGUCGAGCCCAAAGCGCAGCAGGCGUACCGCAAGCCUCCAUAAACUCUGCGCAAGCCGAGCAGGAAUUGCUGAACAUCCGCCUUCCUCGGGCGGUACAAGCAACGUACCUCGAGCCGUUACGACACAAAUUCACACACAAGGUCAAGACGUGUGAUCUCCAGAUUCGCUCGUACAGUGUCCGAAACCUGGAAGUUUUCGCGGACUUCGCAGUGCGUGCAGCGUACUAUCUGAAGCUGCCCGCGCGAGGACCGGUGCCAUUGCCCCGAAUAGUAGAGCGGUGGACUGUGCCGCGCUCCAACUUCAUCUUCAAGAAAUCGCAGGAGAACUUCGAGCGGAUCACGGUGCGGAGACAUAUUGAAAUCUACGACGGACACCCAGAGACAGUGGCUGCCUGGCUCGCCUAUCUUCAGAAGAGAAGGUACUACGGUGUCGGGCUGAAGGCUAACGUGUGGGAGCACGGCGGACUGGAGGUGGCUAAAGAUAUGGACGCGGAGGCUGAGCGGAUCAGUGAGAAGCUGGGUGCACAGCUCGAUCUGGUUGGUGGCAAGAGGAGUUUGAUGAGGAAGGAAGAGGAGGUGUUGAAGAUGGUGGAUAGUGGCAUGUUCAAGGCGAGAUGGGGCGCUGAGACGGCUAUGGGAGGAGCGCAAGGUGCUCCGUAUGCGGAUCAGCGGAUAGUGAUGGAACCGGUGGAUGCUGGUGCAGCAGGAGCAGCAGCACCUACUCGUCGAAGAGAGAGGAGGGGGUAGAUACAGGUUUUCAGAUGGACGAUACUGUGCUGAACAACCCGUGUCUACAUUUUGACUUGGUUUGGUGCAGAUCGUAGUCCCUCAAUUCGCCUCUUAGUAACUGCUAUAUGUCAUGGAGCCGUUCACUUUUCGAUCCGCU